AUGGGAUCUGAAUUAGCGGAGUUGAAGGAGCAGGUCAACCUCCUACGAAAGGAGGUCUCACGCAUCUCAGACGAAGCUGAAGUCGUGGAUAUGUACGCGGAUCAUCCAGAUACUUAUGUGGAAUUCCUUGGAUCACGAUACCGAGGAAAGGAAGGCGUCAAGAGGCUUUACAAUGGCCGUUUCCAGCAGACGUUUGUCAACGGACGCAAUGGUCCAGUCCGCGGAUUUCUGCUAGACCAUAUCAUGAUGCAAGACAUCGUUGACGUCGAUCCCAGCGGAACUCAUGCCUGGUGUCGAAUGCGCGCUCUAAUGCAGGCCGGAACGCACCAAUCUGUUAAGGAAACUCACCCACGCGGGCAUGUUCAAUGGUGGGAGGGCGGCCUCUACGAGAACGAGUACAUCAAAGAGAACGGCGUAUGGAAGCUAUUCCGGUAUCGAUACUUUCCGUUCUGGCACGCCGAGCAUGAAAAGGGCUGGUCUUUGACCAAGGAGAACUACGUCCCGUGGCCUACCAAGACGUACCCUGAAGACCCCUUAGGUCCAGACGAGAUUAUCGAGCAGAAGAUGCUCUGGCCUGACACGCGCGUUGUACCCUUCCACUACCCGCACCCGGUGACGGGGCAGAAGACCAAGGACGACGACCUGCGCGCGCCGCACUACGGUAAGGAUGCGAGCACGUCUGAGGCACCGCUCACUUUGGCACUGCCGGAGGGACAGAGCCGGCCUGGAGCGGGGAAGACGUGGGCGAGCGAGGGCUCAGUGAGGGUUCUGCCUGAUCUAGUUCAGAACGCAUAG